CCACAAUGCCAUUUUAAAUUUACCAUAGGAAGGAAAGAAGAGGAAUGUGCACGCACAUUUCUAACAAGGUUUUGUAAAUGGGAAUCAGACAAAUUAUUGUUUAAGGAAGUCAUAUAUUGCGAAAUAACGCCAUCAUUCAACCAUCAAUCAGGGCCCAUGCAUAACGAUAAAAGGAGAACAUGAACGAUUCCUCCGAUUCGGAGUACGAGGACACAGAGUACCUGGUAUUUGCGGAUUUCAAGAACCACAUUCAUCCGCACCAGCUGAAGCACGAGGACGCGGCCAUUAAGAUCAUCGGAAUCGAGAGUGACACGCCCAUGGCCGAGGUAAAUGGAAGCAUUUAUCGGGGACGCUACGAACAUUCCGUGGGAACCAACGUGUUCUUUGAGAAGGAAAAAGACAAUCUGGCAAGUGAUCCGCUUUUUGAGUCAGUGUGUCGCCAGCGGUACCAGUACGUGGACAAAUCCACCAAGGUGAUAUCUUUUGAAAGGGUCUACGUGGACAAUUUGCACCAGGAGGUGGAGAAGUCGGCUGAGACUGAAGAGGACGAUCAGACCGAGCCAAAGCCAGAAUCUCUGAAGCUAAAUAUAACUUACAAGGAGGCUAUUAACAAGUUUGGAGAAGAUCAUUGAGUGUGGAGAACUGAGUCUAAUCCUGAACAAAAAACACUCUUUCAAGACAUACCUCUUAGUACCAUGGAUACCACCUAUAUUACAACGAAUCCAGCUUUAAGCCUGCGAGACUUUCUAGCCGACUAUCAAAAGAAAAUAUCCGGUACUGCAGACGAAGUGCCCUUCUUUCUCCAAAAAAACCCAGUACUUGUCGACGUGUCUGAAAGCUGUUCCCUGGACUUGAUCGAGUCCCCAGACGACAGCUCGAUUGCAGUCUUCCAGCCCGCCGCAGACAAAUGCCGCCCAACCUUUUCUCCGCCGCAGGAGAACCAGCAUGUGCCCUCCACUUUUACUGCUCUAAGCCAGCACAAGGACAAGUCCCGUAAGUGUCCCUUUGGCCGCACCCAGUACAGCCACAAACUGAAUCCGACGCCGACAGACUCGCCUAACCUGCACAUCGAUGCUUGCGGCGAACUGGAGCUAACCGUGCGUCUAUAUCGACCACCGCGGGCCUACCAUCGCGGGUUUAAGGUGGAGAUUCCCGUUUUCGCCGAGGAGUUCGUAUGUCUGGGCAGCAAUUAUCUGACCGAGCUGCGGGACAAGAUCAGCUGCGUUUGCAAUGGAAAACGGUUUGUCGACAUCAGCGACGAUCCAGAUGCACCGUUGCCAUCCAUUGACACAAAUCCCGGUUACUUCUUCAUCAACGACACAUUCUACAACGACCAGCGCAAUCCGGACAAUCCCGACUAUUCCAAGACCGUCUUGCAGUGGGCUGCCAGAGCGAACGGAGUGAACGGAGAAACGCUUAAGGUGGAGAGUAUGGAGGGCAAAAGAUUCAUCGAUCUCACUGUCAGCCCCGGAUCACCGCUACACUACCUGCACCACGGCAAUUGCGAACACCUGUUUGUGAUCUCCCAGGUAGAGGUGCUAACGCCACUUAGUAAACGGCCAGAUCGCAGCCUGUAUCCCUAUCCUCACGCCUUCAGUACGUUUAAUCGCAGGACUUGCUAUAUGUGCGGCAUUCGCAGCUAUAGCUUCAUCGUGAACCAGUCCCGGCGACAGCUGCACGAUCCCUCCUACCUGUGCCGCAGAUGUUUUCUCAGCUUCUUUUACGUGGAUGGUGUCAAGCUGGGCCAGUUCAAAGCCUAUCGCAUGUAUGACCAUGUAGAGCUGGAGGGCGAAGAGGAGGACAUUAAACAGCAAAAUCUCCCCUCCUGAAUAUACAUAUACAUUUGUGUGAUUUUUUCUUUAUUUGCGAGCUCCUUUGACUGCAAGAUCGCUCAAGGAGUUGAUUGAUAUUUUGUUCUUGUAAAAUAUUCAUAGAUAGAUUUAAAUAAAAUACAUACACGUUGCAACAAG